AUGCAAGGAGGGAUUUACUGGUUGAAGCAGCAUGUGGCCCAUGAAGGAAAGAAUGUGACAAAAUGCAAGGACAGAACACCGGAGGCUCUGGAGGCUAAAGAGAAGUGCAAGAAAACACUAAAUGAUGCAAAAAGAAAGAGGGAGGAGAAGACUAUUCAUGAGCUAGAACUUAGAGAGGAAGUGAAUGUUUCUCGGGUUGGAGGUGGAGAGUCAGUGGAAGUCACUUGUAUUGGAAGUUCUGAGCCUCACAAAUUAGGACCCAUUGACAAAUGGACACGUGCUAUUGAUCCUAAAGCAACCAAAUCUGAAUCUUUGACACAACAGAAGCUGAACAAGGAACUUUGGAAAGAAAGAACACACAACGUGCAUAAAUAUAUUGCAAGAUGGCAAAUGUGUGAAGCAAUUGAACAAUUUGGGGCUGGACUUGAACCUCCAAUUCAGUAUGAUCUGCGAGAUAGAUUGCUGGAAGAAGAAUAUGCAAGAACCAAGAGUUUGCUGCAAGAACGUGAAGCCGAGAAGAUGAAGAAUGGGUGCUCUAUUAUGACUGAUGCUUGCUCAAAAGAGAUGUCAGAUGUGUCACACACAAGUGAAGUCAUCUUUGAACUAGUGGACAAAGCAAUUGAAGACAUUGGUCCAGAUAAUGUGGUGCAAGUAGUGACAGACAAUGCCUCUAACAACAUGGGAGCAAAGAAGCUAUUGCUUCAGAAGAGACCAUAG